AUGGGUGGCGCGUGCCACCACUGCUGCGAGAAGCCAGAGGCUGCGAAUCCAGCACAGAUUCCACACCAGCCAGUGCAAAAAGAGCGCAGGAACAGCCAUCAGGCCGCGAGCGACUUUGCUGAUGGUGAUCCAUCAGCUUAUUCGGGCGCACAAUUGCAAAAACGAGCGAAUUUACAGGUCAAAGAUGGCGGCUUUGCUCUGGGGAACUUCGCUGCUACAAACACCGGCCGCAUAGAGGAUUUCUAUGAGCUGGAGAAGCACAAGCUCGGCGAAGGAGGGUUCGGAUCUGUGCGGCGGGGAAGGGACAAGCGGACGGGAAGAGUCUAUGCGAUCAAGUCGAUCCGGAAGAAAGGGGUUGAGGAACCGCAGAAACUGAAAGAAGAGAUCGACAUCAUGCGCCUGUUGGAUCAUCCCAACAUAGUGCGAUUCCAAGAAAGCUUCGAGGAUCACCGGCUUCUGCAGCUUGUGCUGGAGCUUUGUGAAGGAGGAGAGCUCAUAGACAGAGUCACCGCCCAGGGGUCCAUCACGGAAAGGCAAGCUGCAGGAUGUGUGCGAGAUAUGCUCCGAGCCAUCAACUACUUGCACAUGAACAACAUCAUGCACCGCGAUCUGAAGCCAGAGAAUUUCCUCCUCGCCACCAAGGAGGAGAUCGGCAAGUCAUCGCUGAAGCUGAUCGACUUCGGCCUGGCAAAGCGCUUCAAACCGGGUGAGCCGGCCCGCACCAAGGCGGGGACCCCGAACUACGUGGCACCGGAGGUGCUCUCUGGACGCUAUGACGAGAAGGUGGACACUUGGAGUAUUGGAGUCAUCGCCUUCCUCCUCCUCUCUGGCAAGCACCCCUUCACCGGGAAGACGGUUGAACAGGUGCUUCAGAAAGUGAAGAAUGCAUCCUUCAUCACCGAUGGAAAGCAUUGGAAAGGAGUGUCGGCUGAUGGCAAAGGCUUCGUGCAGGCCUGUCUGCAGAAGGUUCCCAUGGCCCGACCGUCCGCUGGGAGCUGUCUCAAGCAUCGAUGGAUCGAACGCUUGGCGGAGAAGGACAUGGAUGGCCCGGUGAUCGGCCUGCAGAUCGAGGGCUUGGCUGCGUUCGGGCGCAUGCACAAGCUGAAGAAGGCUGUGGUCACAGUCAUCGCGGCACAGAUGUCGGAAGAAAGGAUAGAUGAAUUGCGUCGGAUGUUCAUGACAAUGGACAGAAAUGGAGACGGAACCUUGACGGUCGUAGAGGUCAAAGACGCCUUGGACAAGGCUGGCAUCGCAAUGCCCGGCAACAUGGAGCAGCUGUUGGGCGAGGCUGACACAGACGGCUCGGGAGUCAUCGACUACACCGAGUUUCUGGCAGCAACUCUGGACAAGAAGGUGUAUGUCCAGGAAGAUAUCGUGUGGACAGCAUUCAAGAAGUUCGACCUGGACAACAACGGAAGCAUUGACAUGAAAGAGUUGGCACAGGUCAUCGGUGACGAGCAAGUGGUGGAAGCGAUGAACCUCAAAGACAGUGGAGAUGUGGGCAGUUUGGUCCACAUCUUCGAGCAGGUGGACAAGAAUGGCGACGGCAAGAUCGACUUCGACGAGUUUUUCCAGAUGAUCCGUGGGGUGGAAAACAGCUGCCAGUCGCCUUCCGGCUCCUCCGCACCUAGCAUCAAGCCGGGUGGCCGUGAUUCCCCGACCCACAAGCAGAAGGAAGAGCAAAGGCUUAAGAUGAGCAGCUUGCUGGAAGACUUCGACGAGGACGAUGGCGGCAAAGUGCAAAAGAAGGCCAGCUUGUCUGCCAAAAUCCUGUACUGA